AACCCUAAUACCUUAAAACCCUAAGCUUAUAUUCUACCGAGCGAGCUUAUAAGUACAUCACCCGACUUUAUCCGUCUCCAAGCAUCUCAAAUCUCUUGACGAAGAUAUAAUUGGUUGAAGCAAACCCAUGUCGAACCCAAAAGUUUUCUUUGACAUUCUUAUCGGAAAGAUGAAAGCCGGGCGGGUUGUGAUGGAACUAUUUGCAGAUGUGACCCCUAAAACUGCAGAGAAUUUCCGAUGCCUCUGUACGGGUGAGAAGGGGAUUGGAAUAUCAGGAAAACCACUUCAUUACAAAGGCUCAACCUUCCACCGCAUUAUCCCAAACUUCAUGUGCCAAGGCGGGGAUUUCACAAGGGGUAACGGGACCGGUGGAGAAUCGAUCUAUGGACUGAAGUUUGCAGAUGAGAACUUCAAGAUGAAGCACACAGGGCCGGGCAUCCUGUCGAUGGCGAAUGCUGGACCCAACACGAAUGGUUCUCAGUUCUUUAUUUGCACUGAGAAGACACCAUGGCUUGAUGGAAGGCAUGUGGUCUUUGGGAAGGUCUUGGAGGGUUACAGCGUGGUUAAGGCAAUGGAGAAUGUGGGUUCGGAGAGUGGGACGACUUCAGAAAGAGUUGUGAUAGAAGAUUGUGGUCAGAUAAAGGAGAACUAACGGGGUGUUUGUAACAGGGUUUGACAAUUACUGAUGUGACAAGAACUCGGUUUCAACAUUCAAUCUCACAUUGAAGAAUGGUGUAGAUUGUUUUGAUUGUAUGCUUUAGCGCAGAUUUGCUUGCAUAGAGGCAGUUGCUGCCGAUAUAAAUUAACAAAUGAAUUAAACUCUCA